UGCGCGCGCUACCGCCGCCCGCUCCGCCUGUUCGAGCCCUUCGAGGUGCGCACCCGCCUGCUGGGCUGGGACGACCGCGCCUUCUACCUGGAGGCCCGCUUCGUCAGCCUGCGCGACGGCUUCGUGUGCGCCCUGCUGCGCUCCCGCCAGCACGUGGUGGGCGCCUCGCCGGACCGCGUGGUGCAGCACCUGUGCCAGCGAAGGGUGGAGCCCCCUGACCUCCCGGAGGACCUGCAGCACUGGAUCGCCUACAAUGAGGCCAGUAGCCAGCUGCUCCGCGCCGAGAGUGGACUCGGAGAUGCCACCAAGGACCAGUGACGCUGCCUCUGCACGCCAGCUCCCCUGACAGCAGGCCUGGCGGGCUUCUGGCUGGACCGGCCUUGAGACCAACCCAGGUCCCCUCGCCUGCUUGACUCCCUGUGCCAGGUCCCACGCUGGUAGCUGAUGAGAUGGCAUUGGUACCCUGGCCCCCUCUGCUGGGGUCGGAGGGCGCAGGGCCCUGGCCGUCCCUGUAGUGAGGCCCCGGGGGAGGAGGAGCCUGGAGUCAGUUGUGUGUGGCCAGGGCAGGCCUGGCACGCGCUGGGUCUCUGCCCCUGAGUCGGAGAUAGUGAUAGCCAGGAAAGGGCCACCUUAGAGCCAGGCACGCUGAGGCCUGGAGUGCCCAGAGCCUCUGAGAACACGGAGCCAGAUGGGAGCUGGGCCCGCUUGACAGUAUGUCAGCACUGAGGCGCAGCCCGGGCGUGGGGCUCCCCUGCCUGUGCCCGACACCCGCUCUGUCAUCCAGGGAGGGACGGCAUCUGGAAGCUGCCUCCUUGCUGUCGCGCUGGGAACUGCACCUGGAGCGUCCCUCGCCUGCAUCCCCUCUCCAUGCUGCUCUUCUCACCCUAGUGCUAAGGGAGCUGCAGUUGUUCUCUUUUGUUUAUGGAAAGCACACAAGUAAAGAGUUUUAAAGUGUG